AUGGGCGUAUUUGGGAAGAAGAAAGAGGCCGAAACGGUCUUUGGGCCAGCACUAGCAGCUGUUCUUCCGGCCCAUCCAAAGCCAUGGUACUUGACGCCUCAUCUGUUGAAGCUCAACCUGCUUCUGCUGGUACCGCUGUUGUCAUCGGCGUCGGUCGGCUAUGAUGGAUCGAUGAUGAAUGGGUUACAGACUCUGCCACAAUGGCGUCAGUUCUUUGGGAACCCCGAGGGCGCAAUUCUUGGCCUCAUGAACGCCGUCUACCCGCUCGGCAAGGUCGUCGCCCUGUUUGUCGUCACGUACGUUGGUGAUCGGUGGGGUCGCAAGCUGCCACUCUCCAUCGGGCUCGUGGCAUGCAUUGCCUUUGCCGUUCUUCAGGGCCUCGCACAGGGAUUGCCGAGCUUCGUGACAGCAAGGGCACUGCUGGGCUUCUUCACAACCUUCAUCAGUCAGCCAAGUCCCAUCAUUAUCACCGAGCUCGCAUACCCCACGCAGCGAGGCAAGGUGACUGCCCUGUACAAUACCUUUUUUUACUUUGGGUCUAUCUUCGCCGCUUGGUGUACCUUUGGAACAUUCAAGAUUGCCUCCACCUGGAGCUGGCGAAUUCCAUCUCUUCUUCAAGGUGCCGUUCCCUUGUUUCAGUUGCUUGGGCUUUACUUUCUUCCUGAGUCCCCUCGUUGGCUCAUGCGCCGUGGACGCAAGGAAGAGGCACGCAGAAUUUUCGCCAACUAUCAUGCUGGCGGCGACCUCAAUGACCCCUUGGUCGAGUUCGAGAUGCGUGAAGUAGAGCUUACUCUCGGCGAAGAGGCAGAGGCUUUGUCCCAAUCCUCCUGGCUCGAGCUUGUCCGAACACCAGCCAACCGCAAGCGUACGCUUAUUGCCGUAAUCUUGGGCUUCUUUUCACAGUGGAAUGGUGUGGCAGUAGUGUCAUAUUACCUGACGCUUGUGCUCAACACCAUUGGCAUCACCGAAGUCAAGGACCAAACGCUGAUCAACGGAUUGCUCCAAAUUUUUAAUUGGAUCAUCUCUACCUGCCUCGGAGCGUUAAUGGUGGAUCGACUUGGCCGACGACCCCUGUUCCUGAUAUCGACUGCGGGCAUGCUUGCCAGCUACAUCGCUUGGACCGGCCUGACGUCCCAUUUUGUCGCCAGUCGUGAUGAGGCUACUGGAAGAGCAGUUGUCGCCUUCAUCUUUAUCUUUUACUUCUUCUACGAUAUUGCGUGGACGCCUCUCCUUCAAGCGUAUCCCGUCGAGAUUUUCCCCUACACUCUUCGUGGGCGUGGGCUCUCCAUCACCUAUGUUUCUGCCUUCACUGGUCUCAUCAUUGGUAACCAGGUUAAUCCGAUAGCGAUGAAAUCAAUUGCGUGGAAGUACUACAUCGUCUUCUGCUGCAUUCUAGGUGCCCUGUUUGGUCUGAUUUGGUUUCUGUUUCCCGAAACUAAAGGCCACACCCUGGAAGAAAUUCGCGAAGUAUUCGAGGGCAAGCCCGUCGGUAAGACUGUUGAUAUUGAGGGAGGCGAUGACGAGGACGGAAAGAAGGACGGAAAUGUGAAGCAAAUCGAGUUGGCUUGA